AUUUGAAGGCGCACGAAUGUGCUCGCUUCGAGCGUACAGUGACGCGCUAUUAUCAUAAGCCCUUGUCUUAGUAGAGGUUUUUGAGUAAUAUAAGGUGAAAUCAAUUCAGAAUCGAAGAAUUCAGCAUUAUCUCGCAGCCUAUUUGACGGUGAGCGGGUGAUGGCCACUUGAGGCACCAUGAUGAAGCGUACCGGUCCCCGUCUGGGGCCUGAUGAUCCCUCGCCGAUACCACAGUCUCCCGCUCAGAUACAGCAUGCAGGAGCAAGCAACAUGCAUACACUGGCCCAGUCGGCCCAACCACAAUUAUUAGGAGCGACAGCGAUGCUGUCAGUGAGCGGUUUCGGGCGAGGCCCGACUCGCGCCACCUCGCCAGCUGUCAUCAACUAUCUCAAGCCGAACACGGUGCAGUAUGCGCCCAAACAACAGCAGCAAGUGCCGCCUCGGCUUAAGGUAAUUUAUUAUACCUAUAAUUUUAUUUAUACAACUAGCAGACCCGGCAAAUGCUGUUUUGCCAUAAUGUCCACAGUACUGGCUAAUGGCUGGUUGCACUGGGUUCGAUACCCGCUCAUGGCAAACAUUUGUAUAGGCCAUACAGAUGCUUGCCACGCACUAUCCGUGUGUGUGUGGCGUGUGAAUGCGGUUGUUUAUUUAUUAUUUAUUGUAACAACAUAUUUGAUACUUCUUUUCAUUUCCCAGUUGGUACCGCAACAAGCACCGCUACCGAUCCCCGGUCGUCAAUCCCCCGGCCUGGCUGCGCCGCUGGCAGCGCAACCGCCUGGCCAAUUCCAGAGAUUAAAAGUCGAAGAUGCAUUAUCUUAUCUCGACCAAGUCAAGUAUAAGUUCAACACUCAACCGCAGGUCUACAACGAUUUUCUGGACAUCAUGAAGGAGUUCAAGAGUCAAACGAUCGACACGCCGGGCGUCAUCACGCGGGUGUCGAACCUGUUUAAAGGACAUCCAGAACUGAUUGUCGGUUUCAACACAUUUCUACCUCCCGGAUACAAGAUCGAAGUGCAGAGUAAUGGACAGGUGUCCGUGUCUAUGCCGUCGCCGACUGGCGCUGGUUGCGGUGUGGGCGUGGGCGUGGGCGGUGUGGGAGGUAGUGUAGGCGUCAGCGGCGGCGUGGGCGUGGGCGGAGGCCCUGUGCUCCUGGGCGUGCACCAUGCGCCUCCGCAGUCGCAGCUUGUCCAUCUGUUACCUGUGCCGCAGGCGGUGAGCUCGGCGCUGGCGCACAACCUGGCGGGCGCGGGGGGAGUGGGCGGCGCGGGGGCAGUGGGGAGCGCGCCCGCCAACACGCUGCACCACAUCUCGCAGGCGCACCAGCAGAUCGAGGCCGCGGCGCACCACCACCCGCCCGGAUCGGCGCCCUCCAGCACAGGCCAUGCGGGCGCGGCGGCCGGCCAGCCGGUGGAGUUCAACCACGCCAUCGAGUACGUCAACAAGAUCAAGUCGAGGUUCUCCAGACAACCGGACAAAUACAAACGUUUCCUGGAGAUACUGCACGCGUACCAGCGUGGUCACAGAGACGUAAAGGAGCCUCAAGCCAAACAACAAACUGAACAGGAGGUUUACUCACAGGUGGCGAAAUUAUUUGAAAAUCAAGAUGAUCUACUGGCAGAAUUUGGCCAGUUUUUACCAGAUGCAAAGGCGGUGACAAAACCAGCACACGUACUUCCUCCACACUCGAGAUCUCCACCGCCUCAGGCACCGCCGCCGGCGCGCGACGAGGAGCGCUACGCCGCGUCGCCGCCGCACCACGCGCCGCACGCGCUCGCGCUCGCGCAGGCGCUUCCGAAGCACACGAGCGCGCCCCCCGCGCCUCCACAACACCACCAUCUCAAGAGAUCGCCUAGCUUCGGUUCUUCCACUCAACUUGCAAGUGGUGCUCCGCCAGCUAAGAAAGCCCGAGCAGGCGGCUCGUCUCCCGCGCUUCGCGACGUGUCUUUAGCCGAAGCGGCCAAACUGGCCACUGCGCAAGAUUACGCCUUCUUUGACCGCGCUAGGAAGGCAUUAAGAUCACAGCAUGUUUAUGAAAACUUUCUCAGAUGCCUUUUGCUCUUCACGAACGAGAUAAUUUCAUCAUCUGAGCUGCUUGGUGUCACCGAGCCAUUUUUGUACCGACACCCAGACCUCAAGAAGUGGUUGCAAGACUUCCUGGGGCCGAUAUCACCACCACACACUCCUACCACUACUCAUACCAGCUACAACAACUUCAGCAGUACAAGUAGCAUUUUGACCUGCGAACGGUCUAGACUGGGCUCGGACACUAAACGUCACGAGCCUCUCGGAGCCUACGGGGCUCAGUUGAGGCACGAGAGACCCCAAGGUGAUGCUGCUAUGGAUAUAGAUCUGUCGACGUGCAAGAGGUUAGGUACGUCGUACUGUGCGUUACCGCGAGAAGCGGCGGCGAGGCGAUGCUCCGGACGGACGCCGCUUUGUAAAGAGGUUCUUAAUGACACGUGGGUUUCAUUCCCUACAUGGAGUGAGGAUUCCACAUUUGUUACAUCAAGGAAAACGCAAUACGAAGAGUACAUAUAUCGGUGUGAAGAUGAACGAUUUGAGCUGGACGUGGUGAUCGAAACGAACGCGGCCACCAUACGAGUGCUGGAGGGCGUCGCCAAGAAACUGUCGCGCAUGUCGAGCGAGGAGGCGGCCAAGUUCCGCCUGGACGACUGCCUCGGCGGGCACUCGCCCACCAUACACCAGCGCGCGCUGCGGCGGAUCUACGGCGACAAGGUGGCUGUGGAUAUAAUAGCAGGAUUGAAGAAAAAUCCAGUUGUCGCUGUACCCGUCGUACUGAGGAGGCUCAAAGCUAAGGAAGAGGAGUGGAGAGAGGCUCAAAAGGGUUUCAACAAGCAGUGGCGCGAACAGAACGAGAAGUACUACCUGAAGUCACUGGACCACCAGGGGAUCAACUUCAAGCAAAACGACCUGAAGGCCCUCCGCUCUAAGUGUCUCUUCAAUGAGGUCGAGAGCGCGUACGCUGCGCGACGUCCAGGCCCCCAUCUCGUUGCGGACUACGGUCUGCGAGGACGUCAUGAAGCGAUUAAAAUAGUCAGAGAUGCAGCCGAACUGCUAAUCCACCAUGCUAGAAGACAAACCGGUAUCCAGAAAGCAGAGAAGAGAAAAAUCAAGCAGCUUUUAAGACAUUUUCUUCCUGAUCUUUUUGCUCAUCCCAGGCAACCCUUGUCUGACGAUGAGAGAGAUGAAGAAGAAAAAGAAGAACCCAAUAGUCCGGGUAGUCCCAGUGGAGAUCAGACGGCUGAUGAGAAAGGAGGCAGCGUUAAACAAGAGAAACAAGAGUCAUCAGAAUCUGACAAUGCGUCUGAUAAAAGCAGUCGGAACAACAAAAACGACAAAGAAAAUAAACCCAAGAACAACAACACAACCGAGAAUAAAGGUAUGUACUUAUACACAUUUAUAGUAUUUAAUGAAAAAAUUUCAAAUGCAAUCAAACGGAGCAGCAGUAAUGAGGACGCAGUGAACAUAAAAGUUGAAGGCAAGAAUGAUGCAGAUCUUGAAGACGAUUACAGAGAUCAUCCUUCCAACCCGGGCGUGUGGCAGGAGGCGCGCUUCGUGUGCACGUCGUCGUGGUACCUGUUCCUGCGGCUGCACGGCGUGCUGUGCCAGCGGCUGGGCGCGGCGCGGCGCGCGGCCGCGGCGCUGGCGCUGGCGGACGCGGAGGCCGAGCGCGAGCGGACGCGCGCGCCCAGCGUGGCGCACGCGCUGCGCCUGAAGCCCUCCAAUUUACCGAUGGAUGUCUCUUCGCCAGCGGAGUACUACAACGCUUUACUCGAGCUAGUGAAAGGCGUGUUGGACGGAAAUAUAGACGCCAAUGCGUACGAAGACGCCGCUCGGGAGAUGUUAGGGAUCAAGGCCUAUCCUGCCUACACUCUGGACAAACUUGUAUCCAUCGCUGUUAGACAGCUGCAGCACUGCGUGUCGGAGAGCUGGUCGGCGCGCGCGGCGGAGCUGGCGGCGCGCGGCAUGCGCGGCCCGCCCGCCUACGUGCGCCGCGCGCUGCGGGCGCUGCGCGCGCACCACACCGCCUUCCUCGUGCGCGUGUAUGGUGGAGACGACUGUAAAGUAACAUUUGAGUUACUGGAAGCUGCGGGAGAGGGUCACGCUUCCCCUCAUCACGACUCCUCGAGAUUAUCACCUACGAAUCAGGUACUACAAUUAAGAAGGUCACAGUCACAAUUCGUCCUGUAUCAUCCCACUGCUAGUUACACUCACAUACCCGGGGAUAUUCCAGAAAUUUAUCAUAAAAAACCAAAACUGAGGUUUUCCCGGAGCCGCUCUACGAACGGCGAGACGGUCUCCCGCCUGGCCGCCUGGUCGCUGUACGCGGAGAGCUACGCCCGGCCGGACGCCGGCGGCGCGGCGGGCAACAAGCCCGUGUUCCUGCGCAGGAACGCGCGGCGCGCGGGCGCGGCGGCCGGCGCGCACGCCGUCAGCGGAGCGCCGGACUGCGCGCCCGCCGUGCGGCGCCGCAAGCCGCCGCGCCUGCACGACCACUCGGAGUGCACGCUCGCGUCCACCAUACGCGGAGCGCCGGACUGCGCGCCCGCCGUGCGGCGCCGCAAGCCGCCGCGCCUGCACGACCACUCGGAGUGCACGCUCGCGUCCACCAUACGCGGAGCGCCGGACUGCGCGCCCGCCGUGCGGCGCCGCAAGCCGCCGCGCCUGCACGACCACUCGGAGUGCACGCUCGCGUCCACCAUACGCGGAGCGCCGGACUGCGCGCCCGCCGUGCGGCGCCGCAAGCCGCCGCGCCUGCACGACCACUCGGAGUGCACGCUCGCGUCCACCAUACGCGGAGCGCCGGACUGCGCGCCCGCCGUGCGGCGCCGCAAGCCGCCGCGCCUGCACGACCACUCGGAGUGCACGCUCGCGUCCACCAUACGCGGAGCGCCGGACUGCGCGCCCGCCGUGCGGCGCCGCAAGCCGCCGCGCCUGCACGACCACUCGGAGUGCACGCUCGCGUCCACCAUACGCGGAGCGCCGGACUGCGCGCCCGCCGUGCGGCGCCGCAAGCCGCCGCGCCUGCACGACCACUCGGAGUGCACGCUCGCGUCCACCAUACGCGGAGCGCCGGACUGCGCGCCCGCCGUGCGGCGCCGCAAGCCGCCGCGCCUGCACGACCACUCGGAGUGCACGCUCGCGUCCACCAUACGCGGAGCGCCGGACUGCGCGCCCGCCGUGCGGCGCCGCAAGCCGCCGCGCCUGCACGACCACUCGGAGUGCACGCUCGCGUCCACCAUACGCGGAGCGCCGGACUGCGCGCCCGCCGUGCGGCGCCGCAAGCCGCCGCGCCUGCACGACCACUCGGAGUGCACGCUCGCGUCCACCAUACGCGGAGCGCCGGACUGCGCGCCCGCCGUGCGGCGCCGCAAGCCGCCGCGCCUGCACGACCACUCGGAGUGCACGCUCGCGUCCACCAUACGCGGAGCGCCGGACUGCGCGCCCGCCGUGCGGCGCCGCAAGCCGCCGCGCCUGCACGACCACUCGGAGUGCACGCUCGCGUCCACCAUACGCGGAGCGCCGGACUGCGCGCCCGCCGUGCGGCGCCGCAAGCCGCCGCGCCUGCACGACCACUCGGAGUGCACGCUCGCGUCCACCAUACGCGGAGCGCCGGACUGCGCGCCCGCCGUGCGGCGCCGCAAGCCGCCGCGCCUGCACGACCACUCGGAGUGCACGCUCGCGUCCACCAUACGCGGAGCGCCGGACUGCGCGCCCGCCGUGCGGCGCCGCAAGCCGCCGCGCCUGCACGACCACUCGGAGUGCACGCUCGCGUCCACCAUACGCGGAGCGCCGGACUGCGCGCCCGCCGUGCGGCGCCGCAAGCCGCCGCGCCUGCACGACCACUCGGAGUGCACGCUCGCGUCCACCAUACGCGGAGCGCCGGACUGCGCGCCCGCCGUGCGGCGCCGCAAGCCGCCGCGCCUGCACGACCACUCGGAGUGCACGCUCGCGUCCACCAUACGCGGAGCGCCGGACUGCGCGCCCGCCGUGCGGCGCCGCAAGCCGCCGCGCCUGCACGACCACUCGGAGUGCACGCUCGCGUCCACCAUACGCGGAGCGCCGGACUGCGCGCCCGCCGUGCGGCGCCGCAAGCCGCCGCGCCUGCACGACCACUCGGAGUGCACGCUCGCGUCCACCAUACGCGGAGCGCCGGACUGCGCGCCCGCCGUGCGGCGCCGCAAGCCGCCGCGCCUGCACGACCACUCGGAGUGCACGCUCGCGUCCACCAUACGCGGAGCGCCGGACUGCGCGCCCGCCGUGCGGCGCCGCAAGCCGCCGCGCCUGCACGACCACUCGGAGUGCACGCUCGCGUCCACCAUACGCGGAGCGCCGGACUGCGCGCCCGCCGUGCGGCGCCGCAAGCCGCCGCGCCUGCACGACCACUCGGAGUGCACGCUCGCGUCCACCAUACGCGGAGCGCCGGACUGCGCGCCCGCCGUGCGGCGCCGCAAGCCGCCGCGCCUGCACGACCACUCGGAGUGCACGCUCGCGUCCACCAUACGAUUGGUAGCCUGUCGUCCCCAGCAACUGUACCGGCCGGGAUGUCUGUCUCUAGCGCGCUCGUCUCACCCGCGCCUGUCCGCCGCCAGACGGUCCCGGUUCCGAGCAUGGCUAGCUAGGCGAACGUUUUCCAACACCUAGCUGCGGGCCACAUAAGUAUGGAUACAGCUUACAAAAUGGACGCCUAACAACAGUUACGGCUCAAUGUGAAAAGCCAGUGGCCAAUGACGAUACAGAUACACCACUAUAAAAUCUUAACCAACACCUUCCAACAUUGACGGCUAAUGACAACAGUUGAGGCUUCAGCAUUGUGCUAAAUGUCAGUGGCCAGUGACUGGAUGCAACUAAACCUACAAUGACAUCGUCACCGAGGCAUCAGUUCAGGCAAUGCUACAGGUUGAAACCUAACUUACCAACAAUUAGGCCAAUAUACAGCAUUAUGUGAAACGCCAGUGGCUAGUGAUAGGUUUACGCGUAAAGUGGCAAUGAUUAAGGCUUAAAGAUAAAAUAAGUAUUUGAAACGCCAGUGGCCAAGUGCCUGAUGAUCUAAGGCAAUGUUAAUUUAUCCCAGUAAGUGACUACGUCCGUUUAUGCAAUAAUUUAUGACAUUUAAGCCUUAGUGUAGCCGCAACGUUACGGGCGCGUUCACGCAAGUUUUUGAUAGUUGUCUGUGAAAUGUUCGUCUUUGUGUGCGUUGUGUGAACGUAGCCAAGUUUUAACUAUGGAUAAUCGCUACUAACGCGAGAUCUGUACGAAAUUACACGCGACUGUCUUUUUCAUUUACUUUUGUAAGAAAUAAAUUUACUUUUCGUGCAAUAAAAUUCUUCGUAAAAACCCCUAUAUAGGAUGUUUUUUUUUUAAUAAAAUUUAUUAAAAUGUCUUAAUUUAUUUUUUGAUUAUCUUUUUGUGAAAUUGUUUUGUACUUCUUAAAUUUUAUUUACGAGACAGUCGCGCGUCGAAGCGGCGAGAAUCUAUUAUACAUAAGAUAUUUAUCAAAUACGCUCUGUUUCAACGACAUAUUCAUUAAAAAAUACGAUGUUUUUUUAUUCAUUAUGUAAAAAAGGAGGUAAAUAAAAUUUAUAUUAUUCAGUUGAUUUGUUACAAAAAUUGAGUUUUAAUUAAAAAGUGUUAUUAAUUUUAUUGUAAAUAUUUAAAUAAGUCACCAAAACAGUAUUGAACAGAGCGUAUAAUGAAAUCGGUCAAAAGGUAUACAGGGUAUUAAAAACUGUAUCGACUCGAAUAAUAAGAGCUAUGCUCAAAUUAAGACCGGUUUCAUAUCACCUAGGUCCCGUUUUAGUGACCUGGGUGACCCGACUACGUGAUUAAUGCUUUUCAGGGCAGUCUGUAAAUAAUAAAACUCUGAAAUAAUUAAUCGAGUAGUGUGUAAAGAUCUCUUUUAAAGUACAGUCAGUGUAAAUAUUGUGGAAGUGAUGUUAGUAUAAUUGUUGAAGAACCAAUCUUGUUAAUUCGUAUAAAAUGACUUGUCGAAAGAAAUAAAUAUUAUUAUAUUUAUAAUA